AAGGGCAGGGUGCCUUCCAUUUGUAGAGGUCCUGUAAGGGAGCCAAAAGUCUGGGAUUACAGUGACAUGCUUAAACAUGACUCCCUGGAAAUCAAGUCAUUAGGAGAAAAUACAGCACAGUGAAAAUGGAUAUACCCUGCAGACAUUCUACAUAAUCAGUUUGGUCCUGCAGAACAAGGAAUAUCAAUGAAAAUAAUCUGGCAUGGCUAUGUUCAAGCAACUGAAGGUGGAAGAUUUUUAUGAUGUUAAAGGAGAAAUAGGGAGUGGUCAAUUUGCCGUAGUGAAGAAGUGUAGAGCUAAAAACUCAGGAGUUGAGUUUGCUGCUAAGUUCAUUAAGAAACGACAGAGUCGAAGCAGCCGACGUGGAGUAAAACGUGAGGAAAUUGAGAGAGAAGUAAAUAUUCUACAACAUGUCCUGCAUCCAAAUAUUAUUACAUUGCACGAUGUUUUUGAAAACAGAACAGAUGUUGUGCUCAUUCUGGAGUUGGUAUCAGGGGGAGAGCUGUUUGAUUUUCUAGCAGAGAAGGAGUCACUUUGCGAAGAAGAAGCAACACGGUUUAUUAAGCAGAUAUUGGAUGGUGUCAGCUAUCUGCACUCUAAGAAAAUAGCCCACUUUGAUCUAAAGCCAGAAAAUAUAAUGUUGUUAGACAAGAAUGUGGCAAUCCCGCAUAUAAAGAUUAUUGACUUUGGAUUGGCCCACCACAUUGAGGAUGGAGUUGAAUUUAGGAAUAUAUUUGGCACACCAGAAUUUGUUGCUCCAGAAAUUGUGAACUAUGAACUCCUUGGGCUGCCUGCAGAUAUGUGGAGUAUAGGAGUCAUCACUUACAUACUGUUAAGUGGUGCAUCACCUUUUCUUGGUGAAACCAAGCAAGAGACCCUUGCUAACAUUUCAGCGACAAACUAUGAAUUCGAUGAAGAGUAUUUUAGUCAGACAAGUGAACUGGCUAAAGAUUUCAUCAGGAAAUUGCUAGUCAAAGACACACGGAAAAGAAUGGCAAUCGAAGAAGCUUUGUCUCACCCUUGGAUAACGACAAAAGAAUCAGUAGCCCCAGAACUGAGAAAGGUGUUACGCAGACAGCUGAAGACCAAACGACUGAAAGAGUAUACAAUCAAAUGUCAUUCCAGUAUGCCGCCAAAUAAUACAUAUGCCAAUUUUGAAAGGUUUGCCAAGGUGGUGGAAGACAUUGCUAUAAUGGAAAACAACUUCAGUGGACUGGCUGUUGCUCAGGAUGCCUUACAAGAAGAUAUCGAUGCACUUGUUUCCAUUUAUAACGAGAAAGAAGGUUGGUACAAGGAAGAGAAUGAGAGUGUGAGGCAUGAACUUUCUCAGCUAAGAUAUGAGUAUCGCAAAGUGGAAUCCAUGAAGAAACACCUUCAGGAUGAAAUCAGGACAGUGGACUCACAUCUAACUAAUGUCACUGGAAAGUACAUGGACCUGAAGUCCCAGUUUGAUUCAUUAAAUCAGGAAUUGUCUGAAGAGCUGAAAUGGGUUCAGGAUGCCAUAACCUCCCUUCAGUUAACUAGUGGCAGUGGGGGGUUUACAAAUGGUGAUUUUGCGGCAACCUUCAGUAAAGAUGUGAAUGAAUCACUGAAGGAGUUGUUAAAUGGGUCUUGCAUUGAUGAAUUGUUUGCAGCAUUAAACCUUGGCAUCACUGAGGCUAGUCAGCAAUAGAGGUGAAGCUGUUGUUGAAGAACAUUUGUUCUGCAGCUUCAGUGCAUUGUAAUACUGUAGUUUGAUAAAUUGUAAGCUGCUGUUUAUAAUUCAGUAUGUCACACAAAGGACGCCGAUAAGUAAUGGCAAGAUCUGAUACUGCUUACAAUGACUAGGCACCUCUUCCUUUAGUUUGUUAAAUACACUCUAACACUUGUGAGAUUCGCACUACAUUGUUCUAUAUUUUGUAGCUAGUUUAUAAUAGUAUUGUCACUUUAUUUUUCUUAUCUUCACUGAUCACAUAUAUUGAACAUGUUCUUCAUAAUAAACAUCCCUUUUUCUUCUUUGUUGAUUUUGCACUACUGAUUGCUCAUGCAGCCUGAUGCCUUGUUUCAGCUAAAAAAUGUUAUGGUAAUGAGUAUAACAGAACUGGCAUAUAUUCACGAUCGGGGCAUUGAUGCCUUUGUAGAAAGAGGUAAUAUUUUUAAAAUGAACAAUAAUAUCAUAUGUGCUCCUGCUUUUAUGAACAAUGAAUUGUGAUUUUUUUUCCAUUCAAUCAGUUUUGAAUUUCUCCUUUCAAUAGUGAAAUUAUUCUGUGACUUUGACAAAAGGAAAUAUAGAGGUUGGCUUUGUAAAGGCCAUAUGGCAAGGUCAAGUCAUGGAUAUGAAUUAAGUAUCAUGUCUGAGGAUCAGCGUUAGGGGCUUACUUAGCAGUGUUCUUGUAAACUCAUGGCAUGAUAAUCUACCAAAGGAGGACUCGUGACAAGUUCUGUUGACAUUUAGUACCAUGGCAACGACUCUUUCUGCAGGAAGUAUACUCUCAGUGUACUGGAGUAAUCCUAGGUGCGUCAUGUGGAUGGAAAAAGUGGGAAGGACCAUGGGAAAAAUGUACAUUUAUUAAAAGAAUAAUGGCAUUGGUUUCACAUGAUCGGUAAUAAAAUGUUGGCAUUUAUACAUGAAUGCAUAUAUGAAAGGCAGAGAAAUAAAUAUGAAUUGAUGGGGAUUUUUUUUUGGAGUUAUUUUUAAUGUUAUCUCUCUUUAUCUUGAUGUGGGUUAAUAAAGCCUUUACUGAGCCAUAGCUGGCUGGCUCCAGAUGCAUGAAUGGCAGUUUUUCUGUUUUCUUACUCCCAUAUCUAGCUGAUUUUUAGAUGACUUAUUUCUGGUGAAAGAUAAGGGUUUAAACAUUCACAAAAAUAAUGCUUCACUUGUUACACCAUAGAUGCAGGUUGGUUGUCUGAUGCAUAUCCUGUGCCUUUUUCAUAUUUUUUUCAAAGUACUCAUUCAAAACUACAAGAAAAAAAAACAUCUCACCCUUGUUGAUACUAUGUUCAUGGCAGGGUGUCAGUAUGUGAGUGUGCAUGAUGUAUGCCCUUAAAUCUCAAUCCCACUAUUAGCAGUACAAAACUGGGUUACAGAUAAACAAGAGCAACAAGAAAUAGAUUUGAAUGUCUUUUUAGCUCUUUAUUUUCUGUUUAACAACAUGCAUUCAUAGUUCAGUUUUGCACUGUUCAUUUGCAGUACUGGAUGUGCGCAUGUACAAUAUUGUGUCAUUAGUCUACAAGUAGCUGUAAGAGAUUAUUAACUUACAAUUGUUUAAGUACAGUGAGAAACGGAGGUUAGAUUAUUUCAUUCCUUAUUUUUUUUAUUUGUUUGAAAUGUUUAUAUUACCAAGUUAACAGUACGACAAUGGCCAGGUUAAAUAUGGCCCUGUUAUUCUUUAUGUAGAAAACAUUCAUUGCUCCGUCCUGUUUAAAUAUGACUGCUUAUCCUUUAUUUAACUGCAUAGUCAAAUCAUCCAUGAUUUUUAAAGCUGUGUACUUUGAAACUUAUAUACUCUUUUUCGUCUUCUAAUUUCCUGUUUUUACUUUAUACUUUUUGUUUUGCGUCAUCUUCGAUUUUUAUUUUCUGUAAGAAUAAGGAAUGUUUUGAUCCUUCUCUGAAACUGGGAUCCUUCCUUUCUCUGUAAGUAUUGCAAUGAAUAUAAGGCUGCUUGUCUAAAACAGGAAUAAUGUAGUCUGAAGUAUCCAUGCUUGUACAUUUGCAAAAUUGUUUUAUUACGUCUUUAAAUAAAGGAACUAACAAGGCAUGAUUUAUUUUGUUAAAAUGUUUCACUGGAGAGGCAUUGCUUAUAAGGCAGUUUGUAGAAUGAUCAAUUUUGUAGAGAAGAAUACACUAGCAUAUGCAAGAAGACAUGCAUUUGCAUAAGACAAUUAACUGGCACAAUUUUUCACAAUGAAGGACAUGUAUUCUACAACACAAAUAAGAAUUAUUGUAACUUGUAAUAGUAGAAACAUAAUCUACCAUGCAGAAUGUUUUCUGGGGUACCUUUUACAUGGGCCGUGCCUUAAAAGAUAGAAUUUCUGCACAUUUGAGUACCAUUAGAUGUAAAAAAAGUAGGAGUGCUUUAUAUAAAUACACCUUGGUUCACUGAAAUGCUAUACACUUUUUUAUUGGUGUUAAUGCUGUUUCCCAGAGUUUUAAUAUACACACAGAAUGUUUACAAAGUAUUCCCAACAAAAAAGGUUGAUUGUAAAAACAGUAACAUUGUUUCUCUGUGGAUUGAAUGACUAUGAAAACAAGUACCUGGUACAGUUUCUCAACCACCGUAAAAGGGACAGCAACCCAAACACACUCACCCCCAAACUACAUUGUGCGGAAAUAAACUAUGCAGGAACUGGAAUAAAUAAGAUAUUGUGUUAAACACACCAUUUUUCACAACAAAGUCUAUGGUUUCACCACACAAAAACUGUAGUAAUAUGCCCACAAGGCACAUACUGUACCUUGCAGAAUGUUUUUAUGUGAAUUUAACAACACAUGCCCUAAAAGAAUUUUCACAAAUCUGAGUUACAUUAGAUGUAAUAAAAGCAAGGACUGUUUAUAUAAACAUACCUUGGUUCAUUUAAAUGUGACAUUUAAUUUUAUUGGCAAUGAUGCUGUUUCCCAAAGUUGCUAAUUUGCAUAAAGAAGAUUUACAAAGCAUUCUUUACAGAAAGAAAGAAGCUGGUUUGUAAAAAAAAUAGGGCUUUCUUUCCCUCAGGUAUGAAUAACUGUUUAUGAAUUUUAUUAGUUAAAUAUAAAACAAACAACAGAACCUUUUUUCUUUUUAUUGGUGUAUGUUUUUCAUGUGACUUGAAUUGAUGUGCAAUGCUGUUAAAAAGUAACAUGUUCGUAUUUAUUUUUUACACUGAGGAAGCUGUGGACACCAGUUAAUCUGGUUUGCAGCUGGUGUACUGGGUGUCUUUUUAGCCAUUAAAUGUAGGACUUUAUUUCCCCA